AUGUAAUAAAUGUUAAUUCCUACGUCUUCUGGACAGACUUCAUUAGCAAACAAUGCCAACAUUCUCUAUGAAUGCAUAGUAGAGAGACAUCACUUUUUCUUGAAUCGAAAAUAUUACUUGCAAUUAACAAAUCAGAGUCUCACUCUAAGUGAAAAACAAAACCAGUAGGAUCCAAAAUAUAUCUAUUAAUUAAAGAUUGACAAAGUAUUCACUUGGUCUCUUUAGAACAAUAAAAUAGUUGGAUUUUAGCUUCCAUAUUAAGAUAAAAUAAAAGACUUUUUUGGAAAUCCCAAUGAUAUGGUCAAUCUGAAGGCCAAGAUGGGUGCUUUUGUGUGUUACGAAAAAAUAGAAGUGUUUUACAAAAAGGAGGAAAUCCUACAAACUGGUUCUUUUGGAAAGGUCACAAAGGAAAUCUGUAGAUUCACCUCCAAUCGUGUGGCCAUCAAGAGCGUCAAGUGUCAAAACAAUCAGAGUCCAGCCAUUAAAAAUGAAAUUGAAAUACUAAAAAGACUCAAACAAUCUAAUGCCUUGAACAUCCUAGAAAUCAAAGAAGUUUACAAAGAUGAACUCAACUAUUACAUCGUGACCGAAUAUAUCCCUGGAUCCAAUCUAAAAUAACAUCUCGAUCGUAGAAAUAAGCCCUUUACUAUGUAAGAAGCCUUGAGCAUAAUGGAGGCACUCCUCAAAGGAUUGCAAAGCAUUCAUCAAAAUGGCAUAAUUCAUAGGGAUCUCAAACCAGCAAAUCUGAUGUAUCAUAAUAAUUAAAUCAAAAUAAUUGACUUCGGUUUGGCCUGCCUCAAUGGUAAAUAACUAGAAUAAUAUCCUUCUUGUGGAACGGCUGGCUAUUCUGCCCCAGAAGUCCUAAACGUUUGGAACAAGAAACAAGCCUAUGAUUUUAAAGUCGACUUAUUCAGUGCUGGCUGCAUUCUAUACAAACUGCUGACCUUAGAUGGACUAUUCAACAGUGAAAAUGAAAAAGAAACUUUUAGAAAUAACAAAUUGUGUUAAUUCACAAUCAAAGAAAAGGGUUCAGUUUUUGAUUUGGUGUAACUCUUAGUGAAAGCUGAACCCCAACAGAGACUUGAUUGUUGCCAAGCUAUGGAAGCUGUUCAGGCCUUGCUUGAUUAUAAAUAUUUUGAUGUCAACACAUGGUACGCCAACAAACUUAAAUCGUAUUAGAAAGGGAGAUCUUAAUGUGAAUUCAAUCAGGAACCUUAAACUAAACUAUCCAGAUAAUGUAGUCUGACUAGUAUAAAACAUCAAGAACCUUAGACUGAAAGAUAAAGAAAUUUACCAAAGAAAAUUGAGUAAAAUUGA